GGGUAUUUUCACAAAAUGACAUGGAAACCUGACUGCAGUUCUUUUGGGAAGAGGACUUGGAGGUGUCUUGGGGGAGGGGAAAAGAUGGAAGACUGGGAUUUCUUCUGGACUUCAGGGAAGAAGGAUGAAACCAAAGGGAAACAAUCCAAGGCAGAUUAAUGAAUUUAGUCUAAUAUUCGUGAAUUCAAAGUAGAUUCUAAUCAGCCCAUCUCCUCCCUCUUCUGUUUGCAGAACUGGCACUAAACAGGAUUCCCCAAGCUGCUUCAUCACUCCCUGCCAUUCGCUGUCCCAGGAAAUUCUCCUUCCUCGCCCCGGAAUCCGUGUUCGACUCUUCUCUGGCUGAGCUGUUCGUUGCCAGCCACCCCGAGACUCCCCACGCGGCAGGCAUCGUCUCCUUCGGUCUCACAGCCACCCCGGGCUGGAGCGUGGGGAGGGGGUAAGGGAACCAGCCAACUCGGGGAAACUUCGUUGCCAGAGAUGACUGGGGUUUUCGGGCUUUCCCAGCCUUCCCAUGCCGGGCCACACGGCAUUCAUUAAAGUGGUGGGGCAACUAUUGCUGCGCUCCGGCCGGGCAGGUUUUGAGCUGCAGAGACCCGUGCGCCCGGCAGCAGCGCUUUGCCACAGAGUGGACCCAGGACGCGGCGGCCGCCAGCCCGGGUUUCCUGCUAGGGGACGGCGAGUGCAGGGAGACUUUGCGCCACGAUGUUUUGUUUUCCUGCCGCAGGAACGCUAGGCAGUGUCUUUCCACCGGACUUAACCCGCCUGAAGCAAUAGCCAUGGAAGUUGCGGCGGCACAGAGGGAGACAGAACCGCUUGGCGCGGCAUCUUUUUUGGAUGUUUUUUCUCUACACAGACGACUUCAUUCUUUCCUUGGUGGCCGUUCCCGCAGCAGCACCGGUGUGCCAGCCCAAGAGCGCCACUAACGGGCAACCCCCGGCUCCGGCUCCGACUCCAGCUCCGCGCCUGUCCAUUUCCUCCCGAGCCACAGUCGUAGCCAGGAUGGAAGGCACCUCCCAGGGGGGCUUGCAGACCGUCAUGAAGUGGAAGACGGUGGUUGCCAUCUUUGUGGUUGUGGUGGUCUACCUUGUCACUGGCGGUCUUGUCUUCCGGGCAUUGGAGCAGCCCUUUGAGAGCAGCCAGAAGAAUACCAUCGCCUUGGAGAAGGCGGAAUUCCUGCGGGAUCAUGUCUGUGUGAGCCCCCAGGAGCUGGAGACGUUGAUCCAGCAUGCCCUUGAUGCUGACAAUGCGGGAGUCAGUCCAAUAGGAAACUCUUCCAACAACAGCAGCCACUGGGACCUCGGCAGUGCCUUUUUCUUUGCUGGAACUGUCAUUACCACCAUAGGGUAUGGGAAUAUUGCUCCGAGCACUGAAGGAGGCAAAAUCUUUUGUAUUUUAUAUGCCAUCUUUGGAAUUCCACUCUUUGGUUUCUUAUUGGCUGGAAUUGGAGACCAACUUGGAACCAUCUUUGGGAAAAGCAUUGCGAGAGUGGAGAAGGUCUUUCGAAAAAAGCAAGUGAGUCAGACGAAGAUCCGGGUCAUCUCAACCAUCCUGUUCAUCUUGGCCGGCUGCAUUGUGUUUGUGACGAUCCCUGCUGUCAUCUUUAAGUACAUCGAGGGCUGGACGGCCUUGGAGUCCAUUUACUUUGUGGUGGUCACUCUGACCACGGUGGGCUUUGGUGAUUUUGUGGCAGGGGGAAACGCUGGCAUCAAUUAUCGGGAGUGGUAUAAGCCCCUAGUGUGGUUUUGGAUCCUUGUUGGCCUUGCCUACUUUGCAGCUGUCCUCAGUAUGAUUGGAGAUUGGCUACGGGUUCUGUCCAAAAAGACAAAAGAAGAGGUGGGUGAAAUCAAGGCCCAUGCGGCGGAAUGGAAGGCCAACGUCACGGCCGAGUUCCGGGAGACACGGCGAAGGCUCAGCGUGGAGAUCCACGAUAAGCUGCAGCGGGCGGCCACCAUCCGCAGCAUGGAGCGCCGGCGGCUGGGCCUGGACCAGCGGGCCCACUCACUGGACAUGCUGUCCCCCGAGAAGCGCUCUGUCUUUGCCGCCCUGGACACCGGCCGCUUCAAGGCUUCGUCUCAGGAGAGCAUCAACAACCGACCCAACAACCUGCGCCUGAAGGGGCCGGAGCAGCUGAACAAGCACGGGCAGGGUGCGUCCGAGGACAACAUCAUCAACAAGUUCGGGUCCACUUCCAGACUCACCAAGAGGAAAAACAAGGACCUCAAAAAGACCUUGCCCGAGGACGUUCAGAAAAUCUACAAGACCUUCCGGAAUUACUCCCUGGAUGAGGAGAAGAAAGAGGAGGAGACAGAAAAGAUGUGUAACUCGGACAACUCCAGCACAGCCAUGCUGACGGACUGUAUCCAGCAGCACGCUGAGAUGGAGAACGGAAUGAUACCCACGGACACCAAAGACCGGGAGCUGGAGAACAACUCAUUACUUGAAGACAGAAACUAAAUGUGAAGGACAUUGGUCUUGGACUGAGCGUUGUGUGUGUGUGUGUGUGUUUUUAAUAUUCACACUGAGACACGUGCCUUAAACAGACUUAUUAGUCCAAAAUUACAUAGCAUUGAAGAAUAUAUUUCACUGUGCCAUAAACAACUGAAAGCUUGCUCUGCCAAAAGGAAUCAGAGAACAAGAACUUCAUUUCAGAUAGCAACCACAGGACACACCAAGAGUGUCCGUGCACGUAGCCGGUUCUGGCCGUACAUGUUAAGGGCAUUUCAGUGGCAGUGCUGUACCCCUGGGCAGUGCUACCUGGGCACACACGUAGACAAGGGCAGCUAUUCCUUAGACCAGCCUCCUGAAAGAAACAGGUGUGUCUUUUUAGUGGAGUCGUUAGUAAUAUGUGCGCACGCAGAAGGGGACCUGAUUGGGGUGAAUUGGUUAUGUGUAACAAGGGUUGGAGUUGACAUUUUGGCAUGUGCUCUGAGCUUGAAUUUUGACACAAACCAUUCAGUGCAUCAUACCUAGUCUUUCUAUGCUCCAAAUGAAUGUCUGUGGGGACCUGAGAGCACCUGGAAUAUGCUGGAAGCAGAUCAGAGCACACGUAUUAAAAGGUGCAAUUGCUUUUCUCAUGACAAAAGAAAAAAAAUCACAAACACAUCACACUGUGGAUAUCACCUUAACCAAUGACAGAAGCCUGCUGAGUUUGGUCUUUCUCACAGGGGUAGGUAGUCCACAUGAACUGGCGAGCAGUGGUGAAAAUGCGACAUCAACUGCUGCGUGGUUAAAGGCCAAUCAUGCAUUUUCCUCAGUGAGUGCAAUGGUGACAAUAAACUGAUUUGGAAAUGUCCAUGUACUUUGGUUAUAACUUGUUUUGAUAAGAGGGGGAGAAAUACCAAACAAUUGCCUUGCAUGAUGCCAGUGGCUUGCUGUUCUGUCUAGCUGAUCCUACAUUUUUAUAAAAGUAGACAUCCUGCAUUUCUGAGACACACUGAGGAGGACCAUGGCAUCUUUCCAUCUCAGGGCUUUUUGUCCCUUGGGUGUCUUAGGGUAGACAUAGUGAUAAGAUUCAAUCUCGCUAUCUCCAAACAAAAAGUAAAUGUACCCCUUGUACAGUAAGCUUGAAAUGUUUUUAUUGCUUGCAGCGUGAGUGCCAUUAAUUCCGUUUAACGCUGAUACUUAGAAAUAUUUAAAAUAUUUCAUUUUGCUUUUA